UUGGCAUAGUAUGUCCCCUUUAAAAGGAGCCAGCUUAGGGGAUUCAUGCAUCUGAUCAGGAUGCCUCCUGGUCACCUCCUUGCGUAGGUCUUUCUGGCAUGUCCAAACGAUAAGAGACCCCAGAACUCACUGCAGAGAUUAUAUAUCCCAUCUGGUUUGGGACACCUCAGAAUCCCCCAGGAGGAGCUGCUAAAUUUCUCUAAGGAGAGAGAAGGUUGGCCUGCCUGGUUUGCUUCUCUUAAUCCCUUGGAUAGAUGAAGUUGACCAUAUGACCCAGCCCUGUGAACAACUUUUAUUAUAUCUGCAUGCAUAUCUCAUAAGAUUAAUGGUUAAGUUCAUGUAUAUGUGCAAGAUUUUAAUGUCUUCCAGCUUUAUUUUUGGCUCAGUGUCCACCAGAAUGUCAGAAACAGCAGACUCCAUCACAUCCACAGAGACACAGCACCCUCCCAGUUAUGACGUUUCCUCGGAGUCAUCAUCACAACCACACAGCUACCAAGAGCAGCAGCCCCCACCCUGCUCUGCUGACCCGGCCACAGACCCUCCACCCAAAGACGGGACAGUGACCGACACUCCCCGGUUCACCACUGAGAAUAAAUCUAGCAGUGAUAUAAACCCACAGGCCUACUCAGUCACCGCCCAGCCGGAAGCACAGUCCUCCUUUGAAGAUGCAACAGUCAGGAGAGGCUUUGUCCGAAAGGUUUUCUGCCUCGUGAUUCUCAUGCUGCUGUUCAGCUUCGCCGUGGUGAGCGUCUUCAGCUUCAGUGACGUGGUCAUAAAGGCGGUGCAUCAGUACAAGUGGAUCUACCCUUCUGCCACGAGCAUCUUCCUGGUUGUGGUCAUCACAGUCAGCUGCAACCAGUCCCGAAGCCGACGUCACCCCUGGAACAUCGUGGGACUGGUUGUGGUCAUCUUGAGCUUUUCAUGCAUGCUGGGAGGCCUCGCUGCCUACACCAAUUCCUUGGCUGUCCUUCUCAGCACGGGAGCAACAACAACCAUUUGUAUUGCAAUCACUGCAUUUUCUAUACAGACUCGUUUUGAUUUCACUCUGGGUCGGGGAUUUCUGCUCAUUCUGGCUGUGGACGUCAUCAUGUUAGGGAUCUUCUGCACCUUCUAUUACUCACACGCUGGUGAUGUUGCCCUCGGGUGUCUGGGGUCUCUGGUGUUUUCACUGUGCUUACUGGUUAAUAUUCAGCUGAUGACGGGGGAGAUGCAUAACCGUUUGAAUCCUGAGGAAUACGCCACUGCUGCCCUCUUCCUUUACACAGACAUCAUAGUCAUGUUUGUGUACCUCAUUGCUCUGCUUUUUAAGUGUGUAUCAUAGCGUCACAGUGACCAUGUGGAUCCUGAGGAGUUCAAAUCAUGCUCAUCUUCAUCCUGAUCAACCAGCCUCCUGUGUAACAGAAGAACAGAGAAGAGCAAAUACACGUCUACAUACAGACACCACAGCCGACAAUGAUAAUGUCCAUUUUUGUUCUAAUUUGAAAUCUAUAAAUGCGUCCCAUUCUAUGUAAACUGCAUGAAUAAAUCCCUUUUUAUGACAUGUGCCUGCAGAAGUGAGCAUUUCCCUAUGUAUUUUACUUUAUUAUAGAAGUGUAACUUUCCCAGAAAACCUGAUUGGAGAUCUGUUCUCUUGUUGUUAUUGCCAAUAAGAUUUUACUGUAUAUUUUUAUCCUCCAGUCUGAUAAAACUGCUGCUAGAGCUGCAUCUAAAGUCAUGGUUGAAAGUAUUGGCACCCCAUCAAAACACCAUCUCUCCCAGAAAUAGUUGCAAUUACAAAUGUUUUUGGUAUACACAUGUUUUUUUCAUUUA